CCUGGAAGAUUUAACCCAGGAGAGCCGCUGGUGGGAGGCUCGGGCUGGCGCCAGAUCGCGCGUAGGCCCUUUCCUGGCCCGCAGCCGCCACCUGCCCAGUGACCAUGAUAGUGUUUGUGAGGUUCAACUCCAGCCAUGGUUUCCCAGUGGAGGUCGAUUCUGACACCAGCAUCUUCCAGCUCAAGGAGGUGGUUGCUAAGCGACAGGGGGUUCCGACUGACCAGUUGCGUGUGAUUUUCGCAGGGAAGGAGCUGAGGAAUGACUGGACUGUGCAGAACUGUGACCUGGAUCAGCAGAGCAUCGUUCACAUUGUUCAGAGACCAUGGAGAAAAGGUCAAGAAAUGAAUGCAACUGGAGGCGACAACCCCAGAAACACGGCGGGAGGCUGUGAGCGGGAGCCCCAGAGCUUGACUCGAGUGGACCUCAGCAGCUCAGUCCUCCCAGGAGACUCUGUGGGGCUGGCUGUCAUUCUGCACACUGACAGCAGGAAUGACUCACCACCAGCUGGUAGUCCAGCAGAUAGACCAAUCUACAACAGCUUUUAUGUGUAUUGCAAAGGCCCCUGUCAAAGAGUGCAGCCAGGAAAACUCAGGGUACAGUGCAGCACCUGCAGACAAGCAACGCUCACCUUGACCCAGGGUCCAUCUUGCUGGGAUGAUGUUUUAAUUCCAAACCGGAUGAAUGGUGAAUGCCAGUCCCCAAACUGCCCUGGGACUACUGCAGAAUUUUUCUUUAAAUGUGGAGCACACCCCACCUCUGACAAGGAAACAUCAGUAGCUUUGCACCUGAUCGCAACAAAUAGUCGGAACAUCACUUGCAUUACGUGUACCGACGUCAGGAGCCCCGUCUUGGUUUUCCAGUGCAACUCCCGCCACGUGAUUUGCUUAGACUGUUUCCACUUAUACUGUGUGACAAGACUCAAUGAUCGGCAGUUUGUUCAUGACCCUCAACUUGGCUACUCCCUGCCUUGUGUGGCUGGCUGUCCCAACUCCUUGAUUAAAGAGCUCCAUCACUUCAGGAUUCUGGGAGAAGAGCAGUACAACCGAUACCAGCAGUAUGGUGCAGAGGAGUGUGUCCUGCAGAUGGGUGGCGUGUUAUGCCCCCGCCCUGGCUGUGGAGCGGGGCUGCUGCCGGAGCCUGACCAGAGGAAAGUCACCUGCGAAGGCGGCAACGGCCUGGGCUGUGGGUUUGCCUUCUGCCGGGAGUGUAAAGAAGCGUACCAUGAAGGGGAGUGCAGUGCCCUAUUUGAAGCCUCAGGAACAACUACUCAGGCCUACAGAGUUGAUGAAAGAGCCGCAGAGCAGGCUCGUUGGGAAGAAGCCUCCAAAGAAACCAUCAAGAAAACCACCAAGCCCUGUCCCCGCUGCCAUGUACCAGUGGAAAAAAAUGGAGGCUGCAUGCACAUGAAGUGUCCGCAGCCCCACUGCAGGCUCGAGUGGUGCUGGAACUGUGGCUGCGAGUGGAACCGCGUCUGCAUGGGGGACCACUGGUUCGACGUGUAGCCAGGGCAGCCAGGCACCCCAUCGCCCCAGCCUGGGGGAGCAUACAGUGUCCUACCUUCAUUUGCUAAUUCUCUUUUCAAACACACACACACACACACACACACACACACACACACACACACACACACUUCAGGUUUUUUUCAAAGUCCAACUACAGCCAAAUCACAGGAGAACCUCCUGGAUCCCUUUCACUAUGUCCAUGAAAAACAGCAGAGCAAAAUUACAGAAGAAGCUCCUGAAUCCCUUUCAGUUUGUCGACACAAAACAGCAGAGCCGUCUGUGACACCAGCAAGAGGUGCUCUCAGCCUCAGGAUGACACAAAUCCCGGAGCACAGAUUCAAGUGCAAUCCAUGUAUCUCGUAUGGGUCGUUCUCACCUGAAUUCAAGUCAGGCAGAAUGAGUAGCUGGAGAGAGAGUUCUCGCGUUUAAUAUCCUGCAUUUUACCUUGAGUAAAUACCGUGAAGAUGGCAUCGACAAGGUAUUUCUCUGUAAAAUGAACUGCAGUGGCUUCUCAAAACUAGACUCAUGGCUUUAACAGUAAUGUUCUUAUUUAAAUUUUCAGAGAGCAUCUAUUCCCGAAGAACCACAGGCAAUAGUCAAAAAAAUGUGUUUAUCCUUAAGAAUUCCAUCUCUAUAAAUUGCAUUAAUGAAAUGUCAACUAUGCAUAAAUCAACUUGUCAACUAAGUGAGAAAUUAUGAAAGUUAAUUUGAAUGUUGAAUGUUUGAAUUACAGGGAAGAAAUCAAGUUAAUGUACUUUUCUUCCAUUUCAUGAUUUGCAACUUUAGAAAGAAGUUGUUUUUCUGAAAGUAUUACCAAAAAAUCUAUAGUUUGAUUUUGAGUAUUCAUUUUGCAGCUUGGAGAUUUUGCUAACACAUUUAACUCCACUGUAAAUUUAAUGGAUAAUGUGCCUAUAAAGGAGACAUGUUUAGAAAUGAUUUCAAAAUGAUAUUCAAUCUUAACAAAAGUGAACAUUAUUAAACCAGAAUCUUUAAAGAGGAGCCUUUCCAGAACUACUGAAAUGAAGGCGUGCCUGACUGUCUCCAUCAGAAUAGUCUAUGCCCCUUUGGCACACCCUCUCCAUCCAAUCUGCAAGACCCGGGGAGCUCUGCACACCCAGGGGUUCCCCAGGAGAGACCUUCUCUUAGGACAGUAAACUCACUAGAAUAUUCCUUAUGUUGACGUGGAUUGGAUUUCAGUUCAAUCAAACUUUCAGCUUUUUUUCCAGCCAUUCACAGCACAAUCAGAAGAUUAACAACACGACAUGCGGCAAACCUCAUGUUCUUACGCACACUACGCAGAAGAGAAAGCACAACCACUAUCUUUUGUUCUACUUGUAUUGUCUGACUUCUCAGGAAGAUCGUGGACAUAACUGAGGGCAUGAGUAUCACUAGCACAUGGAGGCCCUUUUGGAUUUAGAGACUCUGUAAAUUAUGAAAUCGGCAACAGGGCCUCUCUUUUUAGAUGUAGCACCUGAAAUCCUUGCUGGAGGAAAGAGAGGGGAUGAAAUCAAAUUUUCCACAUCCCGGGACACCUGUCCCUCUUUUCCUAACUGCCUGAGAUAAUCCAUUUCUUCCAGUCACCCGGGACAGUCCUGUCCUCUCAGAGGCCUGCACUGAGGACAGACUGGGCUCUGCGGCAGCCACAUCAGCAUCCACAGCUUCAUGUGGCUUCACUGUCUGAAGAUCUGCCGACACCAGCAUGGCCCCACGGUGACAACAGACCUGCGACAGGAAGCCCAAAGCUCACAUCGAAAUGGUAGAGAGAUCAAAGUCUCUAUAGUAAGGGAAAAAAAGAGAGGUCGCAGGCAUGAGCCCCAGCAGCCAGUGGCUUGUGUCCACACGGAGUCCAGACCCUGAUCAGGGCCUGACUUAGUGUUGCGGGCAAUCCCACUAAAUUGCAGUUCCUUACACUGGCCCGAUGCGACAAAUCAGGUGGCUCCCUUCUGUCACAGGAACCACACAGUGUUUCCCAUCAUCCAUAGCUUUCUUCCUGAUGAUGUUUGCAUGAUUGCGCCUUCCCAGCCUGCAUGCUGCGCUGGGCUUGCGGUGCCUGAACAAAGUUUGCUCCCACGAGCUCAGGCACCCUAGGAACCCCUGUUAAACUAUUAGACUGUCCAGCUUGGUCUCCUUUCCUUUCUUAGUGGUGGUCUUUUCCCUUUCCAGAAUAGAACAGUGAUUCUUAAAAUAAGUUAGAGCAGACUGGGCGCAGUGGCUCAUGCCUGUAAUCCCAGCACUUUGGGAGGCUGAGGUGGGUGGAUCACGAGGUCAGGAGUUCAAGACCAGCCUGGCCAAGACGACGAAACCCCAUCUCUACUAAAAAUACAAAGUUAGCUGGGCGCGGUGGCAGGCGCCUGUAAUCCCAGCUUCUCGGGAGGCUGAGGCAGGAGAAUCACUUGAACCCAGGGAGCAGAGGUUGCAGUGAGCCAAGAUGGCGCCACUCUGUUACCUGAGCAACAGAAUGAAACUCCGUCUCAAAAAAAAAAGCAAAAUCAUCCACUACACAUGAACAUGAAUCACAGUAUUAUUUGCACAGGAAGGGUGUAACAAAAUAUGAAUGUAUCAAAAAAUAGAAAAUAAAGUCUUUGCAGAAAAAAUCUGUUUCCUGUGACAUGUGUUGAGAUUAUCUGACAACUCUAAGAUUGUACUUAAAUUGUCGAUAAAAGCAUCAAAAGAG